CUUGACCUCAUCAUCUUCGAUGGACGGCGACUGGUUUCACACUGCGGUCUAUCAUGUCGUGCGGCAGAUCCCUCCUCAGCGCGUGACAUCCUACGGGCAUGUCGCCAAGUUGAUUGGAAAGCCCGCAUACUCUCGCCAUGUGGGACAAGCCCUCAAAUUCUUGUCGCCAGACGCGCACCCGCCAGUACCGUGGCACCGCGUAGUUUCUUCUACGGGAGCCAUCUCUUCACGAGGCCCUGGAACGGACGGCGCGACGCGUCAGCGUGAUGCGCUUGUUGCAGAAGGUGUUGAUGUUGUGACGACUCGCUCCGGUGAACUCAAGAUCGACCUUCGUGAAUACGGUUGGUUUCCCGCUCCUGGCACGGUUGAUAUUGGCGUGGAAAGGGAUGAAGAAGAAGGCUCUGGAGGAGAGCGUGAUGAACAAGGAGCGGACUGAUCAUUCAGGAACUCUUGUGAUUCGUCGUACGUGACCUGUCGCGCUGCUUGCAUGAAGCUUCAUUCGCACUUCACUUCUAUGCAUGUCGUCGACCUGUCUUGCUCUAUGCACAUAUAUUCAAGCGGCCUACUGCUUCGAGAUAGUUCAUAGGUACCGCCAAAAGCUCCUGUCGUCCUUUGGAACAGUUCAGUCAAUGCUUGUCAGGAUCCCGUUAUUGCGCUUGUUUACCGCAUCGUAGCUGACUGUGCUUGCGUGUGGUUCUCAUAUCCCAUAUUAUAAAUCCAUUGGAAGUCUU